CUGCCGCACCCGACCCCAGCGUGCCCGAGGUGCCUGCAGGCCUCUCCACCAUCUCUGCUCCUGGUUCGCUCUGUUUCCUCGUGGAUGCCAAAGGGGGUCGUGAGCAUUAGAUUGGUUUUUGAGCAUUAGAUCCAUUAACUGAAAGAUAUAGACAUACUCUGUAAUCUGUAUGUACAAAGCUAGCUAGCUAGCUACUACAAGCAGCUUAAUUGAUUGUUGUAUGAGCAGCUUCCUGCUUGAUGCUUCAUCUGCACGGUACGCUUGCUUGCAUUUUUAUUAGAUAAGUGUCGGCUUUCUGAGUUCAAUCCCCCAACUAAUAAUGGUGCCAAAUACCAGGUUUUUUUCUACAUACAUGGAUGCUUUCAUGAUCCACUUUACAUUUGUUUCCCCCCUGGGUUCAGUCUGAAUCUUUACAUUACACUUAGAAUCCUACCAUCACCGUCGCUGUCACUCUGCAUACAACAUUAAUUCUUAUAUCUGAAUCAGGUUGGUUAGCUUUCGAUGUAAUAUUAUCCGUCUUGCCUAAAAUAAAUCCACAUUCUUACACUUUGGUUUCUUCUUAUACAUCCUACAGUCACUUUCUUCUUAUAAAUAUUUUUUAGCAAUUAGCGUAGAUCGAGAUGAGUUUCUUUCAACACAUUUUAAGACAUAAUGUCAUAUAUUAGAUGUUAUAUGUGCGUCAACAGAGCAGAGGAUUCAGGUUUAGUCAUCAUCUGCAUUGCAUUUGAUUCAGAUUACUAUAAGAUGAUUUUUAAUAGAUAUUUGGUCUUACACGAGUCACAUUGGAUUUUUUUCCUAUAGAUUCAGAGUAGUAUUUUCAUGAACCUAUCACUGAUACUUUGCCUUUCAUGUUCAUUCACAUAUGUCUGGUUUACCCACACAAGGGCACAAUGAUGAAUUUUACGGAGGAUGCUCCUGGUACACAACAUCCUUACUUCAUAAUCACCUAUCUGAAUGGUGCAGAACAUCAAUGCUUUGUUAAUGCUAAGUCCCAUGAUUGUUUUUGUGUGCAGUAAAGAAAGGCUCUGUUCUCUUAACAAGGAUGGAAAGUAUAACGGCAUACAAAAACCAACAUAGACAACCCAAAUCUGGAACUCCAGAACAAUCUGACAUUCCAGUGUCUGCUAAUGACAUGUGUUCCCUUGCUGAAUGGCCAUCCCAUGCUCGCCGCAACCGUGCGCGACUACAGGAUAAAGCUGGUGGACAGAAGAAGAAAGGGCGAGGUGUUCUAAAAGGUUUUAAAGCAUCUAAGAAGCGUUCUGCCAAUGGAUCUGCAAAGCUAAAUAUUACAUUCUCUGAAAAAUUGGGUGGUACAGUAGGAAUGAACUAUGUUCGUUCAAGGAUGACGUGGUAGUCAUAAUGAAAAGAAAGUUACCACUCAUUGGAGUGAGGACGUGGUCGGACAUUCACCCUACCAUUCAUCUACUCAUUGUUGCAGAUAUGAUAGACAGAUGGGACCUGGAAGAUACACCAGAAAUAGAAGAAAAAGUUCUCAAAAUUGCGAAAGAGAGAUAUAGAGGCUGGCGAUCAACUCUAAGCUCCACUUACAAGGCAUACAAAACAGAUGCAGCUAGAUUGGCUAAUCUGUCAGAAGAUUUACAACCAGAAGAGUGGGAAUGGAUGAUUGAGUACUUUGGCACUGAUUCAAAAUUUCAGGAACGCAGCCAAAAGAACGUUGAUAACCGUAAGAAACAGAAGACAAAACAUAUAAUCAGAUCAAAAUCUUACUCGCAAGUUAGUUUUGAGAAGAGAAACUUGGAAAGUGGAGAAGAGCCAGAUUGUAUUGCUCUAUGGGAACUCACCCACACAAAUGAUGGAACAUGGUCUAACACAGAUUCCCAGAAAGUUUACGACCAAGCACUUCAAGAGGUUAAAAACAAAGAAGCUGAAACUGAAGGUCCACUUUCAAGUGAGCAGAAAAACAAUGUUUUCCAGACCGCUUACAAAGACACUCUGGAAUGCAAGUCAUCGCAGCCUCGUGGGUACGGAUACAUGGCCAAAACUUCAACUGGUUCUGAAAAGUUCCGUAUCCAGAUUGAAGAGCAAGCUCGUGCUACAGCAGCCACCCAGGAGCGAAACUCUCAGCUCAGCCAGCAGGUCAAUGACUUAGAAGAUCAACUACAAGCUGAACGCGCUAACACACAAGAGAGGAUUAACUUGGAGCAUGCUGAGAGAGAACAACUUGAGGAGAGGUUAAAAGAAGAGCGUGCUGAAAGGGAAAGAUUGUUGCAAGAGGAGCGAACAUCAAGACUGGAAUUUGAAAAAAACAUUAUGGCAAAGUUUGUACAAUUGAGCAAACAGAUGGAAACCCAACAGGCGAUGGUGAUUACAGUCAUAUGCUUCUGA